GAUCCGAUCUGGAUACGUGCAGAUCAAUUAUCAUUGUCGGUUUGGCGAUACACGAUUUGAACAGUGUGAUUCAAUAAUACUUAUUAUCGAUCGACGACGCGCAACCAACGAGAUGAGAUCGCUCUCCAUAGCAUUGCUGGCCAUCAUUGGUACAUGCUAUGCCGCAAGAUUAGAUACAACUUAUCUUCCGCCCGGUAGUGCCGGAAGUGCAGGUGGAGCAGGAUUGAUUCAUCCUCCAUCAGGACACGGUGGACCUAUUAAACUUAGUAGCCCGGGUGGUUCAGGUGGUCCUGGUGGUCCAAGUAGUUUUGGUGGCCCAAGUGGUUUUCGUGGUCCAAGUGGUUUUGGUGGUUCUAGUGGUCCUAGUGGUCAUGGUGGGACAGGCGGAUUUGGUCUUGGGAGUGGUGGCGACGCUUACGCAGGUGGCGGCGGACUAGGUGGUGGUGGUCAUGGUGGUCAACAGAUACCCAUUAUUUCUUAUACUAAUGAGAACGCCGGUGACGGAAACUAUCAAUAUAGUUAUGAAACUGGAAAUGGUAUUACCGUGCAAGAGACAGGUCAUCGGCAAGGAGAAUCCGAAUCGGUGAGCGGAUCCUUUUCUUAUACUGGUUCCGAUGGUGUGCAAUAUUCAAUCACGUAUACGGCGGACGAAUAUGGUUUUCACCCUCAAGGCGCUCACUUGCCGACACCACCUCCGAUUCCACCGGAAAUUCAACGAGGUGUUGAAUUAGCGCUCGCCGCCGAAGCUAGGGGAGAGAAUCAGGAUGGUGGUGGUGGAGGAUAUUCGCACGGAGGCAGUGGAUAUCCCAGCGGAGGAGGUGGCCAUAGCGGCCAUGGAAGCGGUGUCUAUCAGGGACCAAGCUCGUACCAGACAAGUUCAAGCGGUGGCUACCAAUAUUAGACAACAGAUUGAGGAUUGAGGAUCAUUUACGUGCAUACCGCACACAGGCAUGCAUACCAUUUUCCGUUUAUCUUCAACAUUUCAUGUACAUAACGAUAUAUCAUUCAUAUAAUUUUUUUAUUUAUAUAAAGUGAUAUGACUUAUUUAUGCCCACUCUCUAAUUUUUCUUUUGUUGAAGUUGCUUUUGUGUAGCAGCAAUCCCGAUACUAAAGCACCUUAUACAUAUACAUGACACUGUGCAAUUGAGAACUAAACAACUGCGAUAUAUAUUGUGCAUUAUUCUUUAUAUGCGCUUAUUACAUGCA